CAUCCACCUCAAUGACCACACUUACGAAUUUGUCAACAUGUGGAUAGCUUCGAUCUUGUUCACUCUGUAUUUCGUUUUUCCAUCCAGUGAAAAUGACUCUUUUAAAAAAGACUUUUCCGUACAGCCAGGUGGAAAGAAGUACUCUGCAAAUAUUGAGAGAGAUGGUAUAACUUGUACUUUCACAUAUGAAUGUCAGGGUGGGACAAAUGAGAAAUGGCACAUGACGCUUUCGAAAAUAAGAGACCAGAAUGGUUAUGGUUGCGUUGUAGAACGUUCUGGUAGUCAAACGAGUUACAUAUUCUUCCAAAGUUUUAAACUGGAAGUGAAGCCAGCAGUCGAGGCAUUGGCAGCUGCUGCAUUUGGUAAUAAUAACCAACCACUGUUGCUUGAAGAAUAUGCAUUCGAUAAAAGUAGAGGUUCUGUAUCACAUGUCAAUGGAAAGUUCAAGGCAGCUUUAACUCGUCUUUCAUUAGAGUUUAAUUGGAUACCUAGAAAUUCAGAACUUUGAGGUUAUAUUGAUGUCAAAAUAGUCUUAUAACCCUGAAGUUUUGUUUCAAACGGGGUGAAGAGUCUUAGUCAGUGGAUGAAACGAUUUUACCAAAAUUAAUCUGCUAUUGUUUAGUUGCAUCAUUAUUACUUUGUAUUUUUUUUCUCCAUAUGUGCACUUAUAUUUUUAAAAUGUUUUUAUAAUUUCAAAUACAACCUGUGUACACUUUUAA